CUCUGGAGCAUCUUUUACACAGAAAAUACUGAAGAAGGUUCCCUGCUCCCUAGUCGGUAAAGCACCAGAAAAUAAGCAUCUGAGAAACCCUGGGAUAAACAAACACAGGUAAGGAAGGAACAGAGUGUCUUGGCGAUGAUGUCUGUUGAAGGACAUGACUUUGCGGGAGCCAUUUUCAUUAUCUGGGCAAUGUGGUGGGCUGUGAUAAACGCCAUGAAGCUCUUCAGCCAGAAACCGACGACUUAUCCCCCAAAACUGCUACGUCCUCAACUUGUGGAAAAUGUGGUCUGCAUCAUCCUUGCUCUCACUGGAUUGCUAUUUCAGCAGUUUGCACAGGGAGGCCCUGGCCUGCAUCUCUACGAUGAGAAGAAUCACCAGUGGGUGGAUCUUAAGAGCUGGCACCAUUCAACAGUAUUCCUGUUCUUCUUGGUCAGCAGUAUCGUUGGUGCACUUACACACUGUCCACUAAGGCUCCCCUUGGGGCUGGAUCGCCUGUUGCUUUCCGUGGCUAUGUUCAAUGAAGGGAUGUUGAUAAAUUCCCACCGCACAGCGCCAAUGGGGACUCUUCAGGAUCGGCACAUCCACUCUAUCUUACUCAUCCCCAUAUUCAGCGCUGCCAUCUGCCUGCUGCUCGAAGUGCAUUUUAGGGAUUACCCCAUCCUGGUAUUACUCAGGAUCUCCAUGUUCCUGACUCAAGGAACGUGGUUCUGUCAGAUUAGAUUUCUAUCGCGCUCACCAUGGGGCACACCCAUUUGGGAUCCAAAUGACCCUGGAACCGCCAUGUUCCUCACCUUAUGCUUCUCCUGGCACUACCUAGUUAACAUUUUCCUCCUCUCCAUCAUCUAUGGCACCGUGUACUGCUUUCUAAACAGGAAAAGAAAAAACAAAGGCACAAAUUUUGAAACUGAACCACUUAAACAAGACUGCGGAGCCUACACGCUUCUUCCCAAUGAAUGUAGUGAAGACUAAAAGGGAUACAGAUCCUGUGUUUUAAGUAUGAUUGAAGAAAUCCGAGAGGGGGGAAAAAAUUAUACUGAAGAGAACUGUACCAUAAUACAUCAGUCAACUAGUUAGGGGACUGUGGCAUAAGAACAGGUGUCAUAUCUGAUAAAGUAUCAAGUAUUAAUUUUGGUAAGGGCAAAA